AUGCUCUUGGGCAAGGUGCGCAGUUUCAAGGACACGUGGGGCUUCCUUCGUAGCGAUUCGGUUUCUGGCGACAUCUUCGUCGGCUUAAGGGAGAAUCCUCACCUGACCACGCUGGCAGAGGGGAACACCGUUCUUUUCGAUGUUCGCAAGGACGUCCGUGGCAAAAACGAGGCCGUCAAUGUGCAGCCCUUACUCCAAGUCCUGGAGCCUGCUGUGCCAUCGCGCCACAGCGGCUGGGUCAGAAGCUUCACCGGAAGUUGGGGCUUCAUCAACUCGCCGUCCUUCUCGGGCGACCUCUUCGUGGGCUUGCGGAACAACCCCCAGCUAUCUGCAGCGCUGGCAGCGGGAGAUCAGGUGGAGCCAGAGGGAUGA